UUUGCGUCCGACGCUCGAAGGAACCUUCCUCUUGGUUCCGGCCUGACAUUAGCAAACAUGGCAGCAGAGGGAGACGUCGAUUUGGACCUGGAAGUCGAGGAUAACUGCACGGGGAAACCAGCAGAAAAGCCUCGCAAACAUGACAGCGGAGCCGCUGACCUGGAGAGAGUCACGGACUACGCGGAGGAGAAGGAGAUCUCCAGCUCCGAUUUAGAAACGGCCAUGUCGGUGAUUGGAGACAGAAGGUCACGAGAACAGAAAGCCAAACAAGAGAGAGAAAAAGAGUUGGCCAAAGUGACCAUCAAGAGAGAGGAUGUGGAACUAAUUAUGUCCGAGAUGGAGAUUUCUCGGUCCGUGGCAGAGCGCGGUCUGAGGGAACACAUGGGGAACGUGGUGGAGGCGCUGGUGACUCUGACCAACUGAACAGCUUUCACACACUGGACUGCUUCACUUUGGUUGCUUUUUCUUCUUUCACCAGAGCUCAUCUUGACCACGAGACUGGAUUGAGCUCAGUGGUUAAACGGUUGUGGUGGAAAAACUUUACACAAUUAUUUUUUUUUGUUUUUUAAAAUAAAAGUUAACCUGAG